CGCAAGAAGGCGCGCGCGUGGUCGUGUGUGUCGCUUUGGCCGCGCACCGACCGACCGAAUGGAUGCGAAACUCAGCGGCUGCCCGCCAGUUUACAAUCGCACACGAAACGGACCGCACAUGACGGCAGUGACCGGAUCGCGAGCUUUGUCGCGCGAAACCCCUAAACCCGUACGCAAACCCGUGUCCCUGUUGUUGUCGUUUGCAGCUCGAUGCACCAAGCGCGUGACGCGACGGAAAAGCGCCGGGAAACUGUUAGCAGCCACGUUCAGUGUCGCGACAGUCAGCAUCGACCGAGCGGACCGUCGGCCGCAGUACCGGACGCUUCAGCGAGUUGCAGCACUCAGUGAAAAACGGCACUGCCGCCGGCCAGCAGAAUUACCACCCGGCUAGUGCGAACCACCACCACCCCCUGGGAGGGAAAAAGAGAAGUGCAAACCGUAAAGCGAAAGGUGAAUACAAAAUGUCACCCAGUGAAUGGGGAGGGUUGUGUGUGUGUGUGUCAGGUGCUAAAUGUUAAGUGUUUUAGUGUUAGUGUUUAUUUGCUAGCAGCAACAACAGAAAAAAUAACGUAAAGUGUAUAAAAUACAUACAGAAAAAAGAGAGGCAAAAGUGCAAAACAACACACAGUGAUACUCGAGUGAGUGAGUGAGCGAGAGAGAGAGUGUGCAGCAGCAUCGAAUGAACCGAAUCGGGCAGACGAAGUAGAGGAUUAACACUGUGCCCGAAGGAAGUUAUGACAGCUCGGUUUUAGUGAUUUUUCAUCCAAGCAGGCCGCGUUCGUUCUGUUGUGUGCCGAGUGAUCGCAGGAUAUCAACACACACCGGAAGUGCAAACGCUACACACACACACUGCUGCAAACGAGGACAACGGAGCAACGGUGACGACAGUGUCCAACAGGUAAUGCAGCGAAUCCUUGACCCAACAACAGAAGGGCAUUUUCUCAUGUUCCCAAUCCUCUUUCCGAACACGAUUGUCAGCCGAAAGGGAUUUAUCAUACGCCAGUGUAAGGGCGCACUUUGGGGGCGAUAGCGCUCUCGUUGCAGAUAAGCUUCCGGAUUCGUGGGCCGUGCGCGGAUUCACGGACACACAGCAAGUGCAUAAAUCAAUCAAUCAAACCCCGCGGCGUUCGAGCCGCACCGACGAAAGCGGCAAACAGUGCAGAGGACGCAGAGCCUUGAGCGAGCCCGUUUUCGAACGAUCCUAUACGCAGUGCCUUUCCAUAUUCGCUCGGGGAAGCAUUAUUCGGGCAAAAGCUAAUGUGCGCGCCCCAAAUGCAGUGCCCGGCCAAAGCAUCCGCGCGCCCUGGAUGUUUGAAGUGAUCGUAGUGCCAACGCGUUAAUGUCUGUGAACAAGAGUGCCGUUAAAGCGUACAAUUCUUUAUACGACGGAAAGUGCCGUGUAUGCUGUGUAGAUCAGGAACCGCUUUCCAGGCUCCAAGAGCUGCUGUGAAGUGGUUACAAAACAAAAACAAGGAACGAAAUCAGUCUUUCAGUCAACGACUGGCGCUGAGAGCAGCAAGCAUAUUGUGAUUUAAGUUAAUAUUGUACAGCAACAAUACCUUCAUAUACAACCACACACACAUACACAUAUACGCACAGAAACGUACAAUCAGUACUAUUUAAACAUACAACCCUAUUUAAACCUAUCGACGUCGACAGUUUGUGCAUUUGUGCUCGUCCCUGUCAGCAUCAUUCAGCACUAACAGUUUCAUCAAUAAGCGCAUUGUACAUCCCUGGUGCACUGAAAACUACCCAAAACCAAACUCGAAACACAAACACACACACAUUCGCGUGACACUAAGUGUACCAAAACACGUGCCCUUUAUUUCCGCAAGUGAACCACUUUGCGGCUAAAGCAGGAAGACACAAGGCGCAAGGAAUAUUCUUCCCAGUUCAAAAGUGUGCAAAGCGCAGAGUGCAUUCGAAAGAAAGAAAAAUCUGUGAUUAAAAUAAUUCUGUUUAUUUUGUGUGUUUGUUUGCUUUAUUUUAGUGACGGUCCCGAAAGUGUGUGUCUUUCGAUUUAUGUUUUCUUGUUUUCUAUACGAUCCGUUGCGACACUGGUUUCAACGAAGUUUUUUGUUAAAAGUGCCACGCCGUUACAAAGCGAACGAAACGAACAAACGACUCGACUUUUUUUUUACUAAGUUAAGUGCACAUUAGUAUACGCGUCGGAACAAGCAAGUGUUUACAGUACAAGUACAAGACAGCGGGCCCGAUCUUUCGAAGAUCCGGCGAUACGCGCGAUACAACUUAAGCCGGGAGAAUCAAAUUCGCCCGCCAUUUUUAGUCAUCCUGUCACCGCGUUCAGUUGCUAAGCAACGAAGCAGUGCAUCCCCAGCGCAUCAUCACCAAAACGACACGAUCGAGCGCGAUCGAAAAGGGAACAAACGCAACCCACACAUCAAAACAUGUUCAACACAAACCUCAGCCUCACGGUGCCAUCGCUCCUUAUCAUGGACGGUGGCACACCCAGGACGCCGGAGAUCCUCAACUCCCUGAUGGCCAUGACAAACCCGCUCGAGUACUCGUUUCCAGUGAACAACUCACAGACCUCACUGAACGACAGCCAUUCCAACAGCUCCGACUCUCCGCUGGACUCGCCCGCCAGCCAGCAACAUCAAUCACACCAGCAGCAGCUACACCUUCACACCGGCAAGACGCCGAGCGUACAACAGACAUGCUCGCAACUGAUCAAGGAAGGCGUGAAGCUGCUAAUUCAGAGCAAGCGCAAGCACAGCGGCGGAGACUCGAGCGAUGGGAAUGAAUCCAGCACACCGAAGGCGAAGGUAGCGCGACGGCGUGAUGCCUCCAUGACCGACCACCGGGAGACGAGUGAAGAUGACAUCGACUUCAAGUCGAGUCCUCGCUCGACUGUUGCGCUAACACCGGAAGACGAGGACCGGCGACGGCGACGCCGCGAAAGGAACAAAAUCGCCGCCACCAAGUGUCGCAUGAAGAAGCGCGAACGUACGGUGAACCUGAUCAACGAAUCGGAGACGCUCGACGCCCAGAACAGGGAGCUUAAGUCGCAGGUCAGCAAGCUGGAGACGGAGUAUCGGAAGUUGGUGGAGAUCCUGCAGGCGCACGGUCCAACCUGCGUUCAUCAGAAUGGCUAUCAACCGCUUCCCUCCCUGUCGACCAUUAUUGGAGCCGGUGUGGCUAGUACCAGCACCAGCACCAGUAGCAGCAGCAGCACCAGCAGCAGCAACAACAGCAACAAGUAUCUGAACGAUUUGACCUAUCUCGAUCAGGACCAAGCGAGCGGCCAGGGAGAGAUCAAGUACUCGGAGUGCUUGAAGUCUGGAGUUGCCUCCAGUACCGGAUCACCAAUGGAUGGCUUCCACAACCAAGACUCUCUGCUUCCGCCCGGAUACUGUAAGCUUUCUCCAACGGAACCCAACAGCUUCCUGCUUGAAUCACCAUCCGAGUUACCCGGCACGGGAGAUCAAACGGCCAAAUCGGAAUACAUUCCCGGUCCAGCAGUGUCUGUCGCAUCCUCCACCACUGCUCCCCAGCCUGCUCCCAAGAAUGGACGUUCGAAACCUGGACCCAAGCCGCGACAGUCUAGAGCCCAGAACAAAACCACUCCCUCAGCGACAGCCACAUCUACUACCGCAACGAAUCUUCCGUCUCUGAAGAGCAACGCCAGCAUCAUCAACACUACUACGACCACCACUACGACCACCCCGUUCGGCACGAAAGGAAACCCACUCAUUGCAGCCACCCUCAUGACCACGACGCCCUCCUCUUCGCCCUCAUCCGUACCUUCACCCCUAACUGGAUCCCACUCUUUGUCGACGGUGAAUCCAAUCAUCAAUUCUAUCGGAGGCCUCGGCACGACGGACGACGAUGACUUCAUACUGAAAAACGAACUCAUCGACACGCACAGCCCCUACACGACGGUGCAGAGUGCGGAUCGGUUCCUGUUCGAUGCCACGCUCGAUCUGUACAACAACAACGCGCACAGCCCGCUGACAGCAGGGCUCAACUGUGCCACCUCACACCAGCAACACCAGCAUGCACAACAGUCGCAACACAACCAUCACAUGCAGCAACAGCAGCAGCAGCAGCAGCAACAUAGUGCCACACUCAACAACAACAACCCCAGCAUGGUAAACGAAAAUGACAAACUCAAUCACCUGAACGCGAUUAAAGACAACACCUCCAACACGCUGCUCGAGUUCGGUGCCAGCUUCGAGACGCUUAAACCCGCCACAGUUGACUACACGCAGCAUCAGCAGCAAGCCCAACACUCCAACGGAAUGCAUCAUCAGCAACAGCAGCAACAGUCACAGCAACAGCUAGAUAGCCUGCUAGUCGUUGGGGACCCUACCCUUGGGCAUCUUCUUCAUCAUCAACACCAACAAAACCAUCACCAGCACCAUCACCACCAACAGCAGCAGCAGCAGCAGCAACACCAACAACAGCAACAUCAUCAACACCAGAUGCAACACCAGCAACAACAUCACCAACUGCAGCAUCAUCUCCAACAACAUCACCUUCAGCAACAGCAACAACAUCAACAUCACCUCCAUCAGCAGCAGCAACAACUCGUCACCAACACGUUGGAUCUGCUCGGAUCGGCUGCGAACGAUAUGUUCCUACUGGCCGACGAUGAUCCGACAGGUUUCACCGAUCUCGACAGCGGUAUAACGGCGUACAACAGCAUCAACGGGUGUCUGGCGUGACCCACAUCUUUCGAUCUGUAAAAUCCUCCCCAAGCACAAGCGAACCCUCAAACCCUUGGGGAGAUGAUCCUUUAGGGAUCUUGGGGAAACUGUCUGAGCUCUAAUCGUGUCUAAUCGUUAAACGUGAUCAAUUUACCGCAAGUAUCUCUCGAAAUGUCUAUUCUACUACACUGCGGAGGUGCGUCUUUCCCGAAGCCUAAUGUACUUGUUUCGCCUGUUUUGAAAGCUGCUGCUGCUCCCGCUGUGUCCCUUUCCUUUACGAGUUCCUUACUUGACCGUCUUCCAUCACGCCCGAUAGGUUAGCACGUAAACGAUUUUUUUCCUACUGAAUCGUCCCUUUGGGCUCUACAACUUUACUACUAACCAGUCAGCUAUUUGUACAACAGGUUGUUCUAUGUACGAAAUUGAGGUAAGGUGUCAUCUUCGCUAAACCAACCGAGACCACACUCUGAAGACCCAGAGAUGUCCCCAACAUUACCCACCAUUGAGUCGUAAUGUCUCCAAAAUACUCUCGCACAAACAUACAACAUUCAUCAAACAUUUGAUCACUGUGAGUCUUGUGGCUUGUGUAACUUCCCCAAUGCGUCCCAGGAAAUUACUUUCUUUUUUUUCUGUUCUGCAAUGGAAUUUGUUGCGUUUUGGUUUGGUGUCUACCAGCUAUAACCCACAUCAAGUAAAUGACAGCGUGGAAGAACACAACAAAGCACACACAAUAACGCUGAAUGGAAACAGAGGAAAUGAGAUGGCGAAAAUGUAAAGAUCGGAAAUGCAUUCCUUUUUCGUGUGUAAGGUUCAAUAAUCGUAUCUCAUUUUAUGACUACUAUUGUAUGGUACACUAUUACUGAAUGUUAUUAAUAUUAUUAUUAUUAUUAUUACUAUUAUUAUUCUCUUAUUCCUACUACUGACUAUUAUUCUUAUUGUGGCUAUCUUGUUUACCGUUUUCUUUACCUUUUCGGUUCUGCUCUUUCCAUUUGACACAUGUUUCAGAAUCGUUGUGUGCGCUUGUUGUUGUUUUUUUUUGUGUUUCUUUCCACUGCCAUUUUACUUGCUGGUUUUGGCUGCACUGUGUUCCAUUCUUUCCGUCGUAUUUUGCAUACACCCGAAAGAGCGGGAAAGAGAAUUGGAAUUUUGCAUAUAUAUCUCCCACUUUUGGCGUUGUUGUGUUCAUGUUCUUGUGCUUCUUCACACCCGCAAGCUAAUUUUUGUCAACCAGCAGAAUAUUCCUCUUCCCAAAAGCUACAUCUCCCUACCCCCUUUGUUUAUAUAUGGUGGUCUUUCCUUCUUUUUUGGCAAAUUUGAAUACUGUCCAAACCUUUUUUUUAGUUUUCAAAGGUAUAAAACUCAGCUUGCAUGUGGCAGUGUUGUCAAAAGUGUACCGUGGGCUCGCGCCAUAAGACGAGUGCUGGAAAUGGAAGUUAAAAACGUUGCAUGGUAACUGGACGGAGCAUUCAACCUCGCGUGAGAGGUGCGUUCGCACGCGCUCUGUACCUUAUCAUGCAACUGCAUGGAAAAGACACGAAAAAAGUAUUUUCAACCUUAUGUUGACAUUUUCUGCUGGUUUCAGUACAGCGGUGUAUGUCUGUCAAUGUAAAUUCAUUAAUUAAAUUACCAUUUGCACGGUACGCUGUCUCCCCUCUGCUGAGUAGGAGCCGGGGACGGCACUGGCACAAAAAAAAAACUGGCACAAGAUUAAACCAUAUUUGACUGUCCAUUAUUGGGAUUAUCGGCAGAGUAAUGCUGAUUGAUGUACGAUGGAAAGCAAUGGUAGAAGAAUCUCACAAACAACAGCAACCAAAAAACAAACGCUCAGCUUCCGUUUAUGACGAUCUACUGCAAACGAGAAGUAUCCCCGAUUGGUCCUCAAACCUCAACAUUCCAAGCGCGAAACCGAAAACGACACCUUCUACUACUAGCACUGCACUGCAGCGACGAGUACACGAGGCGCAGAUGGCGGAAGCGUGGUUCAAAGCAAAUAUAAUUAACUUAAUGCAUAAUCAUAACGAUACCAAUAAUUACCAUUCGUUCGCGAGUUCUGACUACUAUCGUAUUUGUGAAAAAAAUGAAGAAGAGCUGUAGCUCUUUCUUCUACUUCGGACUGAUCCUUAAAUGUCACUUACAAGCACCAACGGAAAGUUACCAACUACCUGUACAUCUCUCUAUCUCUCUGGUGGUCUAUAGAAGCCAAACGGAAAGUUACCAACCGAUUGAAGCAAACAAACAAACAAAAAUGUAGAAACUAUAAUGUUUCAUUGCGUUAAGUUUUUUUUCUAGAUAUAAUCCUGUACUAAAUGGAUUAAAACAAACCUUUUUGAUGGACCCAUAUGGAUAAGGGCUGAGGAGUUUGUUGCUGAUGUGUUGCUGCCCCAUAAGGGCAAAUCACAAAAUCUACGGGUGCCAUACUAUUAUCGUGUAAGUGUACGGAUACACACUACCAGUACACGAGAGCAUACAAUACCAGUCAAUUAGUAUUAGCCGUUUUCUCGUUCAUGACUUGAUGAGGUUUUGUUUUUUGUUUUUAUUUACAUUUCAUCUAUUUACCCUUAAUCUCACCUAGUGAUUAGUUAUGGUACAUCAAUCUCGUUUAAUGUAAAACGGUAAAUACUUAGUCUUCCUCUUAGCGUUCUACCUGUUUUGUGUUGCGCCGGGAGUUUUGUUUAAAUAAUUAAUAUAUUCUUGCUUUGAACGUACGCGCGCCAUCUGUUCCGCGUACUCGUACUUGCACGCUAGGGCCCUUUCUUCCCAGUUAGAUCUCCCAUCCCUUCGUUCUUCUAAAGGCCAUUUAACAGCAACAGCCUCCACAAACAGCAACAACAACAACCAAGACCAAUUUAAUAUUAGCUAGAUUUGGAUUACUGUAAACGUACUAUUUAAGCGUAACAAUCGACCGAAAGCUUACUGUGAAAUCUAGGAUAUAGGAUAUGAUAGAGGUACGAUAAUUGCUGUAGUGCUGCAUUUCAAACCCAACUGCAGCGAAACUGCACACCCACAGCAGCCGACUGCAAUGUGCAAUGUGUGUUCGUCGUGCAGUGUGUGUGCACUACGACACUACGAGUAUAUAUUAUAUAUAUUUAUCAAACUAACACUGGUCAGGAGCCUUAAGCAGAAGAGGAAAGGAGAGGCCUUCUGUUACGCUGGGCAAGUGAGCAGCUUCCCAAGGUGGUUUAUAGCAUAGAAGGUAAAGUGUCGGCUAAGGCAAACAUUCAAACUGUAUACCAUUUUAAAAGCAAACUCAUCUCGUUCACCUCCCCUCCCAUUGGAACAAUUAGAGCCUUUCAAAUAGCCUUUGAGAGCAGUGUGUGUGUUUGCUACUGCUUGGUUGGUCUUCUCAGUUGGUUAUAUACUCAGGUGGCUGGGCGUGCUGCUUUUGGCACGAAUAUUUGGAAGCUUCACUUGUUUUGUCCCAAACCAUCCACAUUCCCUCUCUCUCAUCUUCUUACCGCAGAGGGGAGGAAGGGCAGGAAAGGAGGACGUCUUAAUCGAACCGCCUAUUCCUUCCGAUCCAUCCAGAAGACGAGAACUGGGGAUGGAGGAUGCAAACAAAAAUGCAAAAUGUGUGAAGCUAACAUCAAAUCCAUUCGAAAAGCUGCCACUAACGCCACCAAAUCCAUCGCAUGCCUUACUGUAAGAAAGUGAGCGGAAAAAAGAAGUUUAGCAGUACAGUUUAAAAUUCAUUAUCAAAACUGGAUAAAAUGCCUUCCUAUUUGGAUGAAUAGGUUAUAAUGCAUGUUACUAGUUAUUUCGUCAAAAGAGAAACAAACAAACCCGAACGAAACAGAAUUUCAAAAGAAAAACGCAAAGAAGCAGGAAAACAUUACUAAACAAAACAUAAAUAUACAAAACAAAAAACGAGAGAAAAAUAGACAAAAAAUAUUAACAUUCAAAUGCUAUUCGCAUACACGUUUUGCGCUAUAGGCCUUAGCUGUUUACACGCCAAACGGGCGUACGUGUCAUUGGGUAGAUGUUUCAUUCUUAUGGUUUAAUGCAAUGCAUUAUACACUCGGGGCAGGACCAAUUUCAAAGCGCUUUACCUUUUCUUUUACCGUGUACCAAUCGAUAAGAUGAUACGCUGAAGGCGAAGGAUAAAAACAAACAAACAAACAAACUAUUGGAAAAACCCAUUAAAACGUUUUGUUUUCUAAAAUAUUAAGUGUGAUAUAGAAAAAAAAAAAAGAACGCAGGCAUACGAAAAUUAGAGGACAACAGAACGAAGGAUAUUAACAGAGGAGCUAGGGGGGCGAUCGGUGAAGGCGAUCGGUCUUAUUCUAAAAGGGUGAUAUAUUACUUCUUAAAUCAACAACUUUCAAAAACGAGUUACGAUAUUUGAUACUCUUAAUUUCAUUCAGUGGAUCGUAAAAUCAAUAGAGCUUUUCCUUAAAAGUACACCCAAUUUUCCCUAGAGCGUUCUUUGACCCAAAAAUAUAACAGGAAAAAGCUUCCAACGAUCCCAAGCGCCGCGGCUAGUCGACCUUUGUCUACGUUAUUUCGUAUGCGCACGGGGAAGCGAAAACUAUUCAAUGAAAUUUUUUAUUCUACUUUGUACCUGGCUACCGUUGGCCUCGUGUGUUCACCGUUGACGAACGAAACGCACCGCCGUUGCACACGGGCAGAAAAGAGAAACAGAACAAAAAGUGGUUAAAAUCAGAAAAAAAGACUCACAUCGAAUACGAAAAUCUCCUCCCUUGACACAACUUAAUCGCUUUGUGCGCGCACAACACACACCAACACACAGUAAAGACAGUAGAAUGGAUCAUAAUCCGUUUGGAAACUAAAAGACAGCCAUCACUUUCACACACUCUAGGAUCGAUCCUUGCAACCAUUGCAAGGGUUUGCCUGGAGCCUGGAGCCAUCAAAUGAAGUACAAUAUUUAUAGCCAAACGUCUGCGCUUGGAAUAAAGAAGCUAACAUUGUCUUUCUAUCCCGUAUCUUGUGUGCUUCUGUUGUUAAUGCAAAAACAAAUAUGCGUAAGGCAAUAAAGGGAAAAAAACAAUAUGCUACAAUACAAGCGAAAGAAAGGGCUGCCUUAGGAAGCAUUCUAGUAACAGCAUAGCUAUCGUGUAAUGUAAAAAGGAGUAAAAAUGUUAACGAUAAACAGAAUGCACACUAAACAGUAUUGUGUUGUCUCUAAAGUGACCGUUAGUGUGUCCACUGUCCUAAACUAACGUUCACAAUGUCGUUGUGUGGCCCAUUUGUCUCAAAGCCUCAGCAUAUUCGUCGCAGCUUCCAUGUACGCACAAAACAUACGCACACACACAGUAAACCAGGGAGGUGUUCGCGCAUAACUGUUGCUAAUGUGUCUUACAUCAACCCGCAAACUUAGUACGCAAAAGGGUAUAUGACAGCAUAGCUGACAACAGCACAGAAACGAUUAGAAUGGGAAAGGAAAGCCUUGAGAGGACUUAAAAAGGAAACGAGAAUGAGUCACGAUAUUCUUCCGCCUUGUUAGAAAGAUUGCAAAAAACAAUCAAUAAUAAUUCAAAUCGGUCGAUAUACAUGGUGUGCUGGCGUGCAAGUCUAUUUACAAAUCAGCAAAUGUGCAGCAAUACCAAGCUUCACAAUGUUCGAUAAUGCUCGUGUGAUGAAUCAGUAUCAAACGCGGUGUAGUGUGUGUUAAGAGAACAGAAACAACAAAAACGAAACAAGCAGACGCGUUAUUAUCUCGUAUCGUAAAAUGGUAAAAGUGUUUCAAAGCGCAACCACAUUUAAAAAAAAACCAAGCUGUGUCACAAAAUCGAAACCAUGAAGGAGAAAAAAUAUAUACACAUAAACAAUAUCGGACUAAAAUAGCCCAAUAUAACAGCAA